AUGCUCAUCGAGGGAUGUGAGAGAAGUUUGGGCAAGGAUGACUUGAUCCCGUUCAAGACAAGCGGCUUUAUAGACCUCCCACGAAUCUUGCCCAGCAAAGGUCCCAGAACACUGCUGUUCUUGGAGAUCUUCCAGUCGGGGACCCAUUUUUCCCCGGACAUCUCAGCACUCCGAGCAGAGGAAGGUCGCUCCUCCCUUGUCGCUGCCACGCCUCUUGAAAGGUGGCGAACCUUUUUCUACUUUCGGGCUCAGCGACCCGAUCGGCAGCAAGUUUGGCCUCAAGUCGGCCCUGUCUGGUUGAUCUCGAGGAGGGAUCGCUCCUACUUUCUGUUGGUUCUGCUGUGGUCUCUGCUUCAGGGAUCGCCCUUUUCCCCCCUCUUCCUUUUUAGACCACGAUCCUCCGAGAUUUCUACCACCUCAACUUGCUCGUCUGGGAUGGGAUCCCGUAUUUCUGUAGGAGUGGAAGGUUGUUCAGAAGCGGUAGCGGCCGAAGGGGACGGAGUAGGAGUUCGAGCGCGCUCCCGAGAUUUCCCUUUGGCGGCCGCUGCUGCGCUCUUAAGCUCGCGAUCAACAGAAGGAGAUAGCAUUCCCUUCUUGGCUCUAGUCUUGUUCGUGAUCCUUGCCAGCAUGAUUUCAGACUCUGCAAAAAAUAACUUUGUUAGAGGUCACUUAAGAAGGAAAAGAAGCAAGCAAAUGAGAUUUAUGAAAUUACCUAAAGAGCUUUUGAUUGGAAUAGGAGCAGGGGAGAGACCCGCGAGCUUCAAGACUUUUUCCUGUAGUAGUACUUUCGAAAGUGUCGUAUAUUGCCGUGGAGGUGGUCUUCUUGAUCGCUCUUCUCGUCCGUCCGAUGAACCUAUUCCUGCUAAUAAGGCUCAAUUAAACAGCUGGUUCGACCGCAACGUCGGCCCCUUAGCUUCCCGGGAAGGCUCUUUGGACCCCGCCGUGGUUGAGGCUGAGAAGAAUGUCACGGUGGUCCGAGUCAGAACCGACGGAAGUGGAGAUUUCAAGACUGUUACUGAUGCCAUAAAGAGCGUCCCCCAAGGCAACAAGCAUCGCGUGAUUAUAUCCAUUGGCCCUGGAAACUACACAGAAAAAGUAAAGAUCGAUAGGUACACGCAUUUCAUCACAUUGUACGGAGACCCGAACAACAUGCCGGUUAUGCUGUUUGAUGGCACGGCUGCGCAGUUCGGGACCCUGGAGAGUGCCACCCUGACUGUGGAGUCCGACUAUUUCAGUGCUGUCAAUUUGAAAAUCGUGAAUUCUGCACCGAAGCCUGAUGGAAAGAGAGUGGGGGCUCAGGCGGUGGCGAUUAAAAUUGCAGGAGAAUAUGCGUCUUUCUACAACUGCAGAAUGUAUGGAUUUCAAGACACCCUUUGCGAUGACAGGGGCAAACAUUUGUUCAAAGAUUGCUAUGUUGAGGGCACCGUCGACUUCAUCUUUGGCAGUGGACAAUCCCUCUAUUUGAAUUCGGAGAUACAUGUGAUUCCAGGCGAUCCAGUGUCGUUCAUUGCAGCGCACUCGAGGUCGAAGCACAACGAGGCAAACGGGUAUGUUUUUGUACAUUGCAGGGUGACGGGCACCAACGGGACAGCGUACCUGGCCAGGUCCUGGUUCCCCUACGGUCGGGUCAUCUUUGCCUACUCUCAAUUGAGCGACGCUGUAAAUCCUCAAGGAUGGUCUAAUAAUGGUCAAAACCAUACCGACAGUACUGUAUAUUUUGGAGAAUACCACAAUGAGGGGCCAGGUUCCGAUCUUAGCAAGAGGGCGGCAUAUGGUAAGGUAAGCAGCGAUGCAGAGGUUAAGUCGUUCAUUAGCAUUGCUUAUAUUGAGGGGUCUAAGUGGUUGCUUCCUCCUGCCACACCUCAAGUAUAACUGAGUCUUGCCGACUCAAGCAGCAGAUCAAGCUCAGUUUUUGCCUCAGGAAUAGGAUGUUUUUUAUUUU